CACAAGCAUUCAGUCCAUUCUCGAUCUAUCGUCACACAGUCUCCACCAGCAAUAAACACCCACACAGAGAGAGAAUAUCUCACCGCAUGCACCGCGUCCCCACACUCUUCUGAACAGGCCGCGUGUCGUUUCGCACGUGUCACACGCGCAGGCAACUGUCUGUCGCUGUGAUCGUAUGCUUCACAGCUACAGGAUGUUGCUCAAGCGUCUGAUACGUGCGACACGACACCAGGGCCACGAAGCAAGCAUCAAAUCUCAUCUCUACUGCAUAAAGCGAUGCCCACCGAAAAACCCUCACAGCGCACCUACUUGUCUGGUCUGUACAUUCAUCCAUGACAUGCAUCCACCCAGCCGAUGUUGAGCCCUCUCUAGAAUCCCAGGCCCUGGAGCCACUGCAGCAAUGCACACACAACACACACAGGCAGGCAGACAGUCAGACAGGCAGACAGCAUCAACGAUCUCUCUGCGUUGUGUGCGUGUGUGUAUGUCCAAGUGUGUCCGUCCGUCCGUCCGCCCGCCCGCACCAUUCUGAGUUUGGCUCUGUGGUUGCCGUUGAUGACGAUCCAGUUGCCCCUCUCCCGCACCUCCUCCUCUCGCACCCCACACACAAAGGCCAACUCCUUCAUGAACGUCUGACACACACACACACACACACACACAUAAAGACAGGCACACACACACACAUAAAGACAGGCACACACAGGCAGACAGACAGACAGACGGGCUGUGAUCGAUGUCGAGAUGAGACUGCGCUCUUUGGUGUGUGUGUACCUCCGUACCUCUUUGUGUCCUCUGAUCUUCCUCAGUAUGGUGUAGACGAAAGUGCCGUUGCGUUCUCGCUUCAGGUAGAUGGGCAGCUUGUCGGACACUGCACAAUGCAAUCCAUAGAUCAGAUCCAUGUCCAAACAUACACACACACACCCCAACAACGAUACACAAUGCGAUGCCAGUGCACAUCGAUGCGAUGCCUGCCAGUGCCUCCCCUCUGUCCUCAUCCAUCCACCGACGCACUCACUCGUCCGUUCUACGGCGAAUGGCGCGGCGUCGAUUUUCCGCCUUUCGUUCUCGUAAGCCUCGCGCCACACACCGAAGCACCGAUGGGUCGGCCGGCCGAUGUGAGUGCGGCAGGGGGCAGGGAGGAGGACCGGGGAUGGAGAGGCUGCACGGCCCAUCUGCAUCUGACAUCUGCUCGCACCCAGCCGCUGCAACAUCGAUGGAUCCAACGAUGAUUCGUGCUCCACAUGCAGCUCCCGCCCAGCG